AUGAAAACAUCACGUGGUACAAUUCGUCGUAUAAUAAAGGGAGAUCUUGGUUACGAAUCUUAUAAAGUACGAGUUGCCCCAAAAGUGACUGAUCAACAUAAAGCCAAAAGGAGAUCGUUUGGAACUUGGAUCAGCAAAAAUAUCACAAAAUCGAUGACAAAAAAGAAAUUGUUUGCCGAUGAGAAGUACUUCCGCAUCAACGGUAUUGUCAAGAAACAGAACGACCGAAUUUACGCUGCUACACGUGAUGAAGCAGAUGAUAAAGGUAGUAUUCACCAUACAAUGCAGUUUUCUUCUGGUGUGAUGGUUGAGUUACGGAUGUGCUGUGAAGGAGUGACACGAUCAGUAAUCAUUGAAGAAGGUGCUAUCAAUAGUGAACGAUACAUCAAUGAAAUUUUACCUGUGGCACUGGAAGACCGUGAAAAAAUGUUAGACAGUGACUUCAUCUUUCAGCAAGACAAUGCACCAGCAGACAGGGACAAACUGACGCAACACUGGUGUAAAGAAUAUUUUCCACAUUUUUGGACGAAAGAUCGUUGGCUUGCGAACAGCCCAGAUCUCAACCCACUUGAUUAUUCCAUAUGGGGCGAACUCCAUCAACAAAUAGACUGGCGUCGUGUAACGAGCAGACAAACAUUAAUUGAUGAAAUAAAACAAGGGAUGAAAAAGAUUCGAACUGAAAUUGUGCGUCGCAGUGUCUGCAGUUGA